UCUCUUUUUUAUUUUAAAGCAAACAUCCUUUCGAUUCGCUCAAAAGAUUCAUUGGAAACUCAACUCAAUUUAUGAGUUAUUAACCACUUAAAAAAGCUUGGUCUGCUUGUUGUCAAUGGUGAUUAGGGCAUAACUAAGUACGAUGAAGAGUUCGGCUAAUGCGGUCGGGGGCAAGACCGCGAGGGCUUGUGACAGCUGCGUUAAGAGGCGUGCUCGGUGGUAUUGCCCCUCCGAUGACGCUUUCCUUUGCCAGGCUUGCGACGGGUCCGUCCAUUCAGCCAACCCACUAGCCCGCCGGCCCGAGCGGGUCCGCUUGAAAUCCGCAAGCUCGAGCAGAACCCACCGCCCGACCACUGUAUCCCCUCCCGGAACAGCCAAGUGGCACCAUGGGUUCACGCGUAAAGCUCGGACUCCACGCGGCAGCGGCUCUGCUGGGAAACCUAAUCAACGUGCGGUAUUCUUCCACGACCUCGUGCCGGAGAUCAGCGUCGAGGAUCAGACAGAAAACUACGAGGAAGAGCAACUGAUUUUUCAAGUGCCGGUUCUUGAUCCCACGGUCUCGGAGCAAUACAGAGACGACGCGAUUGAGGAGAAGACCGGUUUUCCGUUACCGGAACUUAUUAAAUUUGCCGACAUGAACGAGGAGAACGAUGAAGACAACGCCGAGAGUUGUCUCGACCGGUUUUUUCCAACAGAUAUGGAGCUUGCGGAGUUUGCAGCUGACGUUGAUACUCUGCUCGGACACAACUUAGAGACAGAAUCUUUUGCCACGGAGGACCUAGGGUUAGGUGAUGGUUUGUCAGUUUGUGGACGAUCUUCUUCUAUGAUGCUGAAACUGGAAAACGAAGACGUCCACGAAGAAGAAACUGUAGCACGAGAAGGCACACCUAUGGAACUAUUUUACGAACGCAAGGGCAUGGAUAUGACGCCAUUUGAGUUGAGCUUUGAUCAAGAUCACUCACACAGGGCAUUCGAAGAAGAAGAAGAAGACGAAGAAAAAAACGUGAUAAAUGUUAACACUGGCGAGAGAGAAAGUGUUAGAAGUGGCGGCAGUAGUAAUAUCUCACAUUCCAUAAAGAAGAAGAAUGUUCUUAUGCUGAGAUUAAACCACGAAGCGGUGAUUUCCACGUGGGGAGGCAAAGGACCGCCUUGGACCGCCGGAAAACCGCCGGAGCUUGACUUGGACGACAACUCUUGGCAUAUUUCUAUGGGUGAAAAUGGAAAUGAAGUUCCUCUCGACCGAUACGGGGGUAGAUUUUGCGGGUUAGGGUUACAAGCGGCGAUGAUGGACGGAGGAAGAGAGGCUAGGGUUUCGAGAUAUAGAGAGAAGAGGAGGACGAGGUUGUUUUCGAAGAAGAUAAGGUACGAGGUACGGAAACUAAAUGCAGAGAAGAGGCCUCGGAUGAAAGGAAGAUUUGUCAAAAGAGCCUCGAUUGCUUCAAUAACUUCAUCACUUCCGCUGCUCACUAAGUAGAUGAAGAGUUCAUCACUAUAUCAUAAUAUAUGUAUCAUCUUACUUCAGCUUUUAAGUUUAAUUUUCGGCAGCUUUUAAAUUUUUCUGUAACAAAAGUUUUGCUUUUACUCUGUUGAGCUUGGUAUUGUUCAUAUUAUAAUUACCAAUAUGUAACUGAUUUGAACA